ACAGAAUUGUCAAUUUGCAGAGUAUUUUCACGAGAAUGAAGCAAUCGAAGGACCCAUUUGAAGCGGCGUUUGAGGAGCAGGAGGAAUCGCCGCCGAACUCCCCCUCUGCCGCCGACGUUGUCGAAAUCCAGACCAAUGUAGCCGCUUCCGAUGCUCUUGAUUCUCACGACGGCGACGAUGAUCCAAAAGCCGCCACCGCAGCCGCCGCCGCCGUCGCCACACAUUCCGGUAUCCCUUCUGCACCCACCACUUCUAUGUUUGUUUCUUCUUCCUCCAAUGUCUCUGCCGCCCCUAAAACCAAAGACGACGACGAGGAAGAAGAGGAGGAGAAUGUGGAAGUUGAGCUCGCCAAAUUCCCCUCCAGCGGUGACCCCGAUAAAAUGGCGAAGAUGCAAGCCAUUCUCUCACAAUUUACAGAAGAACAGAUGAGUCGGUAUGAGUCCUUUCGGAGAGCUGGAUUUCAGAAAGCUAAUAUGAAAAGGCUAUUAGCAAGCAUCUCAGGGACACAGAAAAUUUCUGUACCAAUGACAAUUGUAGUGUCCGGGAUAGCGAAGAUGUUUGUUGGUGAGCUCGUAGAAACAGCAAGAGUUGUUAUGACAGAGCGGAAUGAUACCGGACCUAUCAGGCCAUGCCAUCUCAGAGAAGCAUAUAGAAGACUAAAGCUUGAAGGUAAGAUUCCAAGGAAAUCAGUGCCUAGGCUCUUUCGCUAAUCAGUCUGUUCAAUUUAUAAUCAUUGCAUUAGGAGUUUUUGGAAGGAAAUUUCAACAUUGUUACAUCAAGCUUAGGCAAACCAUCUCAUAUAUAGUUAUAUACUACUAAAGUUCCUUCCAACAUCUUUUUUUCCCUUACAAAUUGGCUUCUGAUUUUAACCACAUACACAAACUGUUGAAAGGGUGGAAAACUUGAAGCAUGGAUUGGGAAGUGCUACCAGAACUUGUAAAUUUAAAUAAACUAAAGAUUUUCAUAAAUGUUUAAGAA